CGAGCCACACCCCUAUAUUGAAAGGCAAUCAUGGAUUUGAUGGAGAAGGUGAAACGACCUGUUGUAGAGAAAGUCUGUCUUGUUGUUAAUCAAGGGGAGGUCAUAGAGGGCGCCCUCUGUGUCACUGCAUUCCAUUUCGUCUUCUCUACUCGAAUCAAAGCCCAAGACGAGAUUAUGUUUCUUCACACUAGCAUUUUACUACUUGAGAGGCAGAACCCGUCCACCGGUACUCUAAUUAAUGUCACGCUCAAGGAUUUUAGAAGGUUUUCUAUCGAUUUUCCAGACGUUGAGUCGUGUAACGACGUAUUUGAGUCUCUGGAAAUGCUAUCCCAUCCAGGUCGUAUCGAUAAAUUGCAUCCAUUUUUCUUUCGUCCUCGCAUCCCUCCUUCAGACAUUCCUCCAUUUUCUCCGGAAAACAUGACAUCGCUUUUCACACGAUACAAGUGCCCGCCCGACGACUGGAGGGUCAGCGACUGUAACCGUGGUUACAAGUUAUGCUCAUCACAUCCAGAGGAAGUCAUAAUUCCUGCUAAAAUCAAUGAUCAGGAGAUUGGAGCCGUAGCCUCUUUCAGACAGCAUGGAAAGUUCCCCAUUCUCUCUUACUACAACUCAAAGCAAAGGUCUGUUAUUUUAAGGUGUGGUGAGCCAUUAUGUGGUACAACUCUUAAAAGAUGCAAAGAAGAUAUAAAAUUGCUAAAUUCUUGUCUCAAAAUAGGAAAAGGACGAAUAUUUGAUAUCCGAACUCAGCAAGCAGCUCAACAUCACAUGAGCAAAGGUGGAGGAGUAGAGUUUCCAAGUAAUUAUUCACAGUGGAGAGUGGAGUAUGGAUCGAUGGAGUCCAUCACUAACAUACAAUCAUCUUAUCUUAAAUUAAUUGACGUUUGUUCUGAUGUAAAUAACUCGUCAUGGUAUGGCCGACUUGAAUCCUCGGGCUGGUUGACUCACGUAGAGCAACUCCUGAGAGCUGUAAAGCAUGUGGUUCACUCUGUCUAUCAAGAAGGUACCAGUGUUGUAUUGCAUGGUACAAAUGGUUGUGAUGGAACACUUCAGGUCAGUUCAUUAGCCAUUCUACUAAUGGAUCCUCAAGCUAGAACAAUCAGAGGUUUUCUUCAGUUGAUCGAGAGGGAAUGGCUACAAGGAGGACAUCCCUUUAGCUUAAGACACAACAUUGUUAGUGCUGCUCCAGAGAAACAGAAAGGGCCGAUAUUCCUACUCUUCUUAGAUGCUGUGUGGCAGAUCAUGAGACAGUAUCCAUUAUCAUUUGAAUUCAAUGAGCUCCUCCUUCACAUCCUCUUUGUUCAUUCUUACUCUUCUAGUUAUGGUACUUUCUUGUAUGAUAAUCCUGCUGAGCGAGACAGGCACAAACUAAGAGAGAAAACAGAGUCAUUGUGGGAUUACAUUCUUCUUUCUCCUGAUGUAAUGUCAUCAAUCAUCAAUCCUUUGUACUCUAAGAAUAGCACUCUCCUAGUCGUCUCUGUUCAUCCUUGUAGCAUAGUUUUCUGGAAGAGACUCUAUCUUCGGACUGAUUUAAGUCCUACGCUAAGUUUGGAGAGCCAUGAGGUCUUACUCAAGCUUAAGGCGGAGAACGAAGAACUGAAAGAGAAAUUGAUUAAAAUUCGAAAGGAACUUGAUGAAGUGCAAAGUAAAGGCAGAGAAUAUUCAAGUGUUUGGUCAUAACAUAGAAUUCAAUUGAUUUAUUAUUAUUAUUAUUAUUAUUAUUAUUAUUAUUAUUAUUAUUAUAUUUAUUGUG